AAUGAAGGUCAGGAUAGUGACCAACCUUAAGGUCACUAAAAGUCAGUUAACCUUCAGUGGUCGUACAAGAGAGAUGUGAUGCUCCUCCUCCUGCCGCCCCGCCGGUUUUACUGCUUCUUCAGCCUCUUAAUACACCUAAAUAACAAUGGACAAAGAUGGCACUGUAGACAUAAACUUUGACGAGUGGAGAGACUACUUACUGUUCCAUCCAUCAGUAAAUCUUCAUGAUAUUAUUCUUUCCUGGAGACAUGCCAUAAAUCUUGACGUUGGUGAGGAUCUUUCUGUACCGGAAGAUUUCUCUCUAGAAGAAUGGUUGUCUGGCAAGUGGUGGAGACAUCUGGUGGCUGGAGGAGUAGCUGGUAUGGUGUCUAGAACUUGUACAGCUCCACUGGACAGACUCAAGGUCUUCCUUCAGAGUAAGCGUGGGGGAGGAGGUCCACGUGACAUUAGGAUGCGGUAG